UUAUUAAUUUUUUAUUUAUUCUAUGCAGUGUAUGAUCCGUGACUUUGCGGCCACAAGUUCAUUGACCGCAAUGUUUCUUAGCAAUUUUUAUCUGUCAAUUCCAUACUUGAAAAGGAUGAGGUCGAAACAUUGUACUUAAUAAUUUAAUUAAUAAUAAAAUUGACAAUUGGGUCGAAUUUACAAAGUUUAAGUUAUUAUUUUUGGAUUUUAUUUUUUUAUUAUAUUGAUACAUGUGUGUGUAAAAGUAAAUUAAUGGCGAAAUUGAUUUUAUAUUUAGUUUAAAAAUUGUUUGACAGGUUGAGAAUUAAAGAGGUUUUUAUUUUAUAUCAUCUCGCGUCAAUUAAUUGCAAAUUCUUCGAUAUCGAGUUAACAAUUCGAAAAAUUGAAAUUUAAAUGUUUACUAAAUAUUUCAAUUUUUGUGAAAUUAAUACACAUUGUAAAUUAAUACAGAGAGAUCGACUUUAUAUUUAUUUUAGGAAUUAAUUACUUGAUAGGUUGGAAAUCAAACAAGGUUGGGGAAAAAAAAACUUUUUCUUCGAAAAGAUUAACGAAUUAUUACACGAAUCCGACGGCAAAAAAAUAAUGUCGAUAAAUCUACUCAGUAAAAUUGCGUGGUAAAAAUAGUACGAAUGUUGAAAAGGUCACAGCUUUUUAUUAUCUAGAGGAAAGACGUUGAAAGACGUUACGUCGUCGAUACGAGGAAAAUCGCAUCUAUAAAUCUACCGUCAUACGAAGUAAUAAUUUAUUACGACGAUUCACGACCUGUUACUAAUGUAUAUCUCUUCAAGUGCAAAGCACGUAAGGAGAAUUCAAACGCUCGAUACAAAGAACGACGAUAAGACGUGUGUUUAAAGUCGUGGAUAGACGAGCGACACGUAUCGGCGAUCGCAAAAAGCGAUGCACGUGUAUCCUCUGCCUAUCUCCAAAAAAGACAAACGGAGAAGAAUUGCCCGUUACGGACGUGCUUCCGCCGGAAGUGAGACGUGGAAGGAUAGGAGAUAAGUGUUGGCCGCGCGCGACCGGAGCAUAACGGGGAGUGACGACGAAGGGCAAAAGGACGAGAGAAAGGAGCGCGGAGAAGGGAAUGGGGAUAAAGGAAGAGUGGUAUCGUGACCUUGCGAAUCGAGUUCCGCAUUGCUGCAGCCGGCGGAUUUUUAGCGGGACCGUUGAAUAGCGAGAUACUUCGAAGAUCAACAAUAAGCCAGACGCGUUUCUUUUUUUUUUUUAAUCGAUUCGAUCGAGAACGCCAGAACGACGUUUCGAUUUUAUUUGAAUAGAAACGAUUUUUCUUCUCUCUCGCAAAGAGACCGGCAAAUUUCUCGAAUUUUAUUUUUUAAUCGUUGCCAGCGCGUGAAAAAUUAUAAUAUAAUACUGGGCUGUUGGCCGGUAAUGAUAAAUCUUCGCGAGAAAAAUUUGUGUAGUGGAAACGAGAGAAUAGCGGAGAGGAAAGCAAAGACGACUCGCGAGGUUUGAGUUCCGGGUUGUUGGUUACUAAUGGUUCCAUUGUAACUAAUUACCCACUUGCGGGAAAUUGCUACAUUCCCAUCUAAAUUAGGGAGACCAGAGUGUAUAACGAAGAAGAAGAAGAAGAAGAAGAGGAAAAAGAAGAGAACAGAACUAACGGAGACAAAGGAUGAAUGGAAAACGAGUUAGAAAUAGAACGUGAUAUUCCACAUAAAAUAUUCCAUCGAUAAAGUUAUUUACUUUUAAAUUAAUUCUAAAACAAUGUUAACGUAAACAGCACACCGCCGAGAAUUCAGCAUUCAGAAAUUGCUUGGAACGUAUUAUCGUCCCACGCCUCUUGCGUCAGUAAAUUAUCCAUUGAGAGCUCGGUGCUGUAAACAGUGCUGUAAACGGCGCGACAUCGGGCGUAAGCAUCGCUUAAAUCGUCGUUCAAAUAUCACUUCACAGCCGGAUUUGCUUAUACAGAGCAAACCGUGCGUAACGGGGAAGUCCGCGCGGCUCAAGGAAAACCGUACAUAUACGUAUACGUACGUACACACCGACUGUGCGAGACGGCAUCAGCGAAGCGAGAAACUGAGAAUAGAGCUCGGUUGAUAGCAGCAGCAGCAGCAGCAGCAGCAGCUCGUCGUCAACACGACGCGUGAGGAUCCCGUCUUGACCUUGGGACCGGGUUCCGCAUUGCUGGGUCGCGCGCCCGGGUAAUCAAUCACGACAUCCUUAUGUGCACCAGAGAGGAGGAAUGGGGCAACGCCUUGUGCCUGAGGAAUAACGUGAUACUGAGAGACCGCCUAAUGACAGACGCAGCUCUCGGUGGACCACGGCCGAUAAAAUCCGAGCAUAGUUACAGCCUUUCGGUUGCCAGUCCCCCUCCGAGCCCUGCGACACCCGGAGCAAAUCCCCAUACGCCCAAUUCAGAUUCCGGCGCGGUCAGUUCCAUUACAGUGACUACUAGUUCCUCCAUGGAUUUCGCCAAUCUGGACCACAGGUCUCUCGAUAUUCGUGAUAGAAUGGACGAUAUGGAAGAAGAAUGUUUUCCUGCUAUUUCGAUAAGCAGCACUUCGAAUCGUGUCGAAUCGUCAACCCUGACGUCGUCAUCUACCUCGAGCGUAAUUCUCAAGAGAGACAAUCUAGUACCUGAAGAUAACGAAUGUCCUGAAAUCAAGGGCGAACCUAUCAGCGCGCCGGCAAGUCCCUGCGCGCCUUGUCAGCCAAAUUGCGAUAUGGCGGACGAUAAAAGCACAAUAACAAUGAUGUCGCCGCAGAGCCUUCACUUUACCAAAACCCAUCUCACGCAUACAAGUGACAGCGAGGAAGAUGACGAGGAGUACUAUGAGGAUGUAAAGAUGGAGGCGUACGCCUGCGAAGGGAAAGAAGCGACCUUGCACGCGUCUAGACAAGGAUUGCCGCCGACGCCGCCCAGUAGCGCAAGCUCCGACAGCGAGGGUACUGCUUCCGCUUCCUGCUCGCCGGAACGUCGAGAUUCCCAGACUUGUACGCAAAAUCUCAGGGGUUUGCUGGCACCGAGGCUUUACGUCACCAAUGGCACCCACACUACCAGACAACCUAUUCAUACGCCUCUGAUUUCCUGUCAGCCGAAAGGAUCUACAGGGGACUUAAUAUUGACAGAGGAAGAGAAGAAAAUCUUGAGGGCCGAAGGAUAUCCCGUGCCCACGAAACUUCCUCUGUCGAAACAAGAGGAUAAAGCCUUGAAGAAAAUACGAAGAAAAAUCAAGAACAAGGUAUCGGCGCAAGAAUCACGAAGAAAGAAGAAAGAAUACAUGGACGGUUUAGAGAGGCGAGUUACUAUAUUGACGAACGAGAACUCUUCGUAUAGGGACAGAUUGAAUUCCCUAGAAGACACGAAUCGCGAGCUAUUAAAAGAAUUACAACGUCUUCAGACCUUGCUGCAGUUACAACAAUCUUAGAUUUGUUUCCACCUAGUAUAGCCCAAAUUUGUUUGGUAUCAUCCAAUUUUUUACUUUUGAAAAGACUUAUGUUAAUUGAUUUCCUAAGAAACGAAUGUUUGGUCCAAUAAAGAUUGCAACGUUUGUAAGAUAAUUGAACAUGGCUGAACAUUCUAUUAUUACGGAGAUAAAAAAUUGUAAAGUCUUAAAGAAGAUUCAAGAUUUUUAAAUCUCUUACGAUAUGCUAAUAUAGAUUUAUCUCUAUUCGACAAAUUGCUCUUUCUUAUAGAAAUUGUAAUUCUCAUAAUUGUUACGAAAUGAUAAAAAUGGCGUGCUUUUAUCGCUAAGUCAUAGAUCAGAGUUAAAAUAGAUAUAUUUUAGGGAUUAGUGCAAUUUCUUUACAUUCCUAGAUUGUCUUCCUCAUAUACAAAACGCGACGAAGCAGUAUCUUGCAGCGUAAGUGCGAUUUAAAAAAUGCAAAAAAUGUCCCGAAUGCUGCAAAUUGCUUCAAUUCUUUCAAUAAUUGAAGAUUUUUUUACACCAAUGUUGUAUGUAAAGUUAUUAUGUCCUUCGCUGAAUCAACAUAUUUUUGCCAGGAGUGCCUUUGCAGGUUUAUUUCCAUAUUUCUUCCAGCACUGCGAAUUUGCAUUGGGGGACAUUUAGAUGACUAAUUUAUUUUUCGCUAUUAUAAUAUACACACAUUUAGUGUAUGUGUGAGCUUUUUAAUAAGAUAAAAAUGUUUUAGAAAUAUGGGAUUUGAAUGUUCCAUUCACCAUACUUGGUGUUCUGAAAAGGUUGUCGACUAUUAUCAAACUCGAUCCUAAACGAGAAAUUGAAAAAAGACGCCUAGAUAUAAAUGGCCUUUCUAUUAUUCUCUACGUUUAUGCUCCGAAAACGGUGACAUUUUAAAUCGUUUGAUAUCCAGAAGAACGUUCUUUGGGUCCAUAAUAACGAAUAAUAUCGUAUAUCAGUACACGCAAUUCACUUUGGCAUAGUUUUGUCAAUGGAUUCAUCUAUGUAAAACAAAAUAUAAUAUAUGUUUUAUAGGUGAGAGAAAAGAGAAUGAUAAUACAAUUAUUAUUAUGUAGGAAAGUGUAAAAGUAGAUUCGAUGCAAUCGACGAAGUUAUUAUAUUUACAAUUUUAUGAAAAGAUAUUCAAUUGUUGUGUAUAAUAAGAUUACCUGCAUGUGCAGGUUGACUUGGAGGAAACAAUUAUAUCGAAUUAACGCUGUGCUGUUUCUCUUUAGGACAUUGUCAAUCCUAAUGCUAAAAACAGGUGUCGGAGAGUAAGGUUCUAAGAUUAUGCAACGACGAUAAUUCAUUUUGCGUUAAUUCGAAAACGCACGGUAGGAUGAUUUGUAAUAUAUAAGUUAGCGAAUAAAAAAUUUUGCUCGUCCACACGAAGAAUCGUGUAAAAAAUCUGCUUUUGCGAGCCGAUUAUUCGAGCGGCGAGUUCUUAGGCUUUGUUAUAUAGAUAUGAUCGUACUCGAGAAAAUCGUACAGGACGUCGAAUUCCUGGUCUUCUCAAUCGCGAAGCUAUAUUAUUUGUGAUGUAAAAGAAAUUUCGACCGAGUCGAUCGAUAUUAAGCGCAGAAUUGCCACACUGACAAAAAUUAGUUGAAUUAAUCGAAAAUAUGGACAUAGCGCACCUGAUGCUUUGAUGAAUCCAUAAUUUUCAUUAAUAUAACGAAACGAAUUUGCACAUGCAUUCUGAUUCCAAUUACACUGAAAAAAAAUCGAUUUGCAUUAAUUGGAAAUCUGUUAGAUUUAACCAAUUUGUUCUAAACGAGUCGAAAUUCUUGUAGGGAUUAUCCGAUUCUUGAAUUAGUUUUGUACAAAAACUACAUUGUCAAGCUACAUCUCUCAUUUGGUUUAGUUUGUAAAUCUUUUUAGUUAGUUGCAAGAAAAAUAGUUUUAUUAGAAUAUAAGUGAAAAAUCUCAUAAUAUAAUAUUGCAUUUUUUUAUUGCAAUGAAAUAAAUCACACCUAUGUAAUUUUAUCUUGUGAGAAAUAGAAUGCCACGUGCAUUAUAUGACGGUGCUAUAUAUCAGAAGUUUGGUAGAUUCAAUCACACACACACACACACACACGCGCGCGCAAAGAGUUCAUCUUUACAGUUAUCAUAUUUAAAUAUUCUGACUGCAUACCAAAAUAUUUGAUUGUAACAAUCAAAAAUUCUACUUAUUUACACUAAAAUUUUUCUUACCCAGACAUAUUUUAUUAAUUUAAUCAUGAUCUUCCGAGUAGAUUAGGAUAUUUUGUCUUUUAAAUUUUGUUCUUGUUACAGAGAAUUUUUUGGAAAGAUAAGAAUAUUACAAAUCUUAAUAUUCUCUCUUAAUAUUCUCUCCUAAAAUUUCCCUUAAACUUCUUCCGCCAAUCUAACAACUCUGAUUAAACUCAUCAUUCCAAAAAUCAUUAGUACAUCACAUAUUAACCGACAUUAUGAUUUUUAACAGUUUUCUUCUCUCUUUUGGUUUAUAAUUAGCGUAAUUCAAUCGCACGAGAAGUGUUACGCGACAAUGGCAGACUUGUCGAUUACUUACCGCAUGAAAAUCUAAGAAAGAAAGGGACCAAAGCGUGUAAAAUGAGAAGACCUUUCUUUUCUUCUUUCUCUCUCUUCCCUUUCGCUUCACGUAAUUGCCAAAUAAAUAGUAAAGUUUAGUGUCGUAUCAUGUGUCCAGAAAAUGAGUGUCUACGAAACAAGUCGCCGCUAUUAUUGCAUCAAUGUAAUUUAAAUACAAAAUAUUGCAUUUUAAUCGACCGACAUAAUCUUUUUAUCGUAAGAGUCUAGUAAUGCAGUGUAAAGUACGUCUGUCCGAAUUAUAUGUACAAACUACAUAUUGUACAAAUAACAUGGCUGAAAGGAAUGUUUGUCCAUCUAUUUUUGAGAUUUACAUAUACAAAAUGUCUAACAUUAAGUGUAACACUGCUUAAGAGUAAGUCGAAAAAUACUGAACUAUUAUUCACAGUUUUUGUAAUAAUUAAUUAUUACUUAUUGUUAAUUUGUAAAUUAAUUAAAUAUCUUCAUAAUUCUAAUCAACUAUAUUAUGAAAAUGGCAUAUGACACGCAGAAUUUUUUGUCUCAGUUUAGUUGGUUCUGUUCACGAGCAAUAUUACACCUAAUGGUCUCAGACACCUCGUAUAUUUAAUUAAUAAAAAUAAAUUAUUAGAUACUUUUAAUUAGAACUUUAGUAAAUUAAUAUCAAAUUCAUCAAAGAGAACAUAUCGCUAACUUCUCUUAUCCUGAGCCAUGUUGUAGAAACGCUAUAUAUAGGACGCUGUUACAAACAGAUUUAAUUCAGAUUAAACUUCAGAAUAAUUCCAACUUAAUUAUUUUUAAUUUUUUCGCGGCUGUGUACGAGCGCCGUACCAAUUAAGUUAAAAUUGUUGGAAAUACUAAUUAAGAAUCUUCUGAUGCCGUUGUUGAAAAAGAAAAAAGGUCAAUGAAGAAGUCAAUAAAUGUAACAAAUGAUAGUAAUCGAUUAAUAUAAAUGUAAAUGUAAAGGAACUUCCAAUGUAUUUCGCAAACAAGCGCGAUGAAUUUCUUUUUUUUUUUAAUUUUUUUUAUUGUGUACACACCACACACACACACACACACACAACACGCACGUACGCACGCACACACACAUACAUAUAUACACAUACAUGGUUUUUUAUUACCAUAAACAUGUGCGUGAUAAAGAAAUAAUUACGUGUACAUGUGUACAAAGCACAGCAAAGUAACGAUUUUGAUCGAAAUCAGAGUUUAAUAUAUUCUAUAAGAAUAAAGCUUUAUAAAUAAUUAUAUACAUAUAUUAACAUUAUAUACAUAUAAAUGACUAUAUUUUACGACAAAUUACAACAAAUGUUUGACAGUGCAGUAAAAGUCGCACAGUUAUUUGUUAAAUACACGAACUUAUCGUUACUACCAUUACCAUUCUCGUUAUCAUAACGUACCAUUUAUGUUUUCAUUCGCGAUGCGAUCGUCAUGCAUCUCUAUCUUGUACUUUGCGUAUACAUAUAUUUAUCCAGAAGAGCGAAAGAGAAUCCCUAUAUAUAUAUAUAUAUAUUAACGAAGAUAAUAUAAAUAUAUAUUUUAUUCGAAUUUACGUGUGCGUGUAAUGUGUCUAUGUAAAAGGCGGUGCUGCAACUUCGAAUGGAUGUUGUCCGACAAUAAGAAAUAAAUAUUUGUGAACCAGCA